AGGUCACACACACAGACCACUACGUUGUAUAGUAGUAAACAAAAGUACUAAUAAACACCUUCCGUCCCUUUAGUUCUGCGCAGCUUCCUGCAGGAGUGAAACUUUACUGAUACUGGAGAACUGCAGAGUGACAUGGACAAAACAGAUUUGCCCCCAGUGGGUCCUGAUGAUUUGCCCCUGUCUCUGCUGGAGAUGGGCUGCUCGGGGAGACUUGAGCUCAUCACACACCCACUGCCCCAAAACAGACCCCUGCCUCCACACAGCACACUUCCCCAUGGGCUCCCUCCUACUUGUCUAGAUCUAAAAACAGAGGUAGAAAAGCGUUUUCUGCGAGACCCUGCUUGGCUCCCGGUACACGGUGUAGAUGAUGCCUUCCACAAGUUCCUUAAGAUAAGUAAGCGGAACAAAGAGGUGGACUCUCUCCUGCACUGCUCACUGUCUCCACUGCACUCCGGUCUGUCUGUGAUCAGAGAUCCCACCACCGGUAUGCUGCUGGAUUUCACUGAGGUGUUAUUAGAGGACACAGGAUUGUCUGCCAAAAAUUCUCUCUCAUUACAAAGACAGCCUGGACCUCCGUCAGAGAGUCUGAGAGGGAGUAACACAAACUAUCCAUUUCUGCCAGGUGGAAUGGAAGAACUGACGUUAGAGCAGAUUAAGAAAAAGUCAGAGCUGGAAGAAGACAUUGACUUUGAGGAAGAUUUGUUGAUGGUUCCUCCUGGGCUGAAGGCUGGUAUGGACUUCAGUGACAAAGAAGCCAAAACCACGAAGAGUGAGUUGAACCUGUUGUCACUACUGUCGACCUUUGGUGAUGGCAUCGACGCUCUGCCAGAGGAGAAAGAGGGAGUCUCCCAAAAAGAGGAGACCGUUAAACUUCCCAGAACUAACAGCCUGGAGGACCUGGGCAUUAAAGAUUCAGGCAACUCUCCUUCUCAGCCUUCAGCGAACACAGUAAGUCUGACUGAGCAAAAGAAGAAACCUCAGCAAGAAGACAAGGGAGACAAUAAAAAAUGGGCCGUUCCUGUGGACAUCAGCUCACCCUGUGACGACUUCUACAAGCGUAUACCUGAUCCAGCCUUCAAGUAUCCCUUCGAGCUGGACGUGUUUCAGAAGCAGGCUAUUCUCCGACUCGAAGCUCAUGACUCCGUCUUUGUCGCGGCUCACACCUCAGCCGGCAAGACCGUGGUGGCUGAAUACGCAAUUGCACUUUCCCAGAAACACAUGACCAGGACCAUUUACACAUCCCCCAUCAAGGCCUUGUCCAAUCAGAAGUUCCGGGACUUCAAGGCCACAUUCGGUGACGUGGGACUGUUGACUGGAGAUGUCCAACUGAGCCCUGAAGCCUCGUGUCUCAUCAUGACCACUGAGAUCUUGAGAUCUAUGCUCUAUAAUGGGUCCGAGGUCAUUCGAGAUCUGGAAUGGGUCAUUUUUGAUGAGGUUCACUAUAUCAAUGAUGCAGAGAGGGGAGUGGUGUGGGAGGAAGUGCUUAUCAUGUUGCCAGAGCAUGUUAGCAUCAUCCUACUGAGUGCCACAGUGCCAAACGCAGUGGAGUUCAGUGAAUGGAUCGGGCGUAUCAAGAAGCGGCCCAUCUAUGUGAUCAGCACAAUUAAGAGGCCUGUUCCUCUAGAGCACUAUCUCUAUACCGGCAACAGCACCAAGACUCAGAAAGAGCUCUUCCUGUUGCUCGACCCCUCUGGAAACUUCCUCACUAAAGGCUACUAUGCCGCAGUGGAAGCCAAGAAGGAACGCACUAGUAAACAUGCACAGUCUUUCGGCACAAAGAACGUGUCACAGCACAACACAACAGCCAGUCAAGAUCGAGCCGUGUGGCAGACGCUGCUGAGCUAUCUGUCUCAGAGGCAGCAGACUCCAGUGGUGGCGUUCACCUUCUCCCGGACACGCUGUGAUGAAAACGCCCGCUCUUUGACCUCUCUGGACCUCACCAACUCCAUAGAGAAGAGCGAGAUCUACUCCUUCCUGCAGAAGAGCCUGACCAGACUGAGAGGAGGCGAUCGGCAGUUGCCACAGAUCCUGUUGAUGCGUGAUUUGCUGAAGAGAGGGAUUGGUGUUCACCACAGCGGCAUCCUGCCAAUCCUGAAGGAGAUUAUUGAGAUGCUCUUCUCCAGAGGUUUAGUAAAGGUGCUGUUUGCUACAGAGACGUUUGCCAUGGGUGUGAACAUGCCUGCCAGAACCGUCGUGUUCGACAGCAUCCGCAAACAUGACGGCACAGGCUUCAGAAACCUGCUGCCCGGUGAGUACAUUCAGAUGGCGGGCCGUGCGGGCAGAAGAGGUUUGGAUGCUACAGGGACUGUUAUCAUCCUCUGUAAGGCGGGAGUUCAUGAUAUGGGAGACCUCCACGCCAUGAUGCUGAUCCUCAGAAAGAAGAGAAUAAGUGAGCUGAGAAACACACUCUCAUCUCUCCCUCCGCUGGACACAGAGGGGCAGUUAUCUGAUUUAGUGUCAUAUUACCACACCAUCACAGAGCUGUGCAUCACCACAGAGACCCUGCAGCGAGCUGUACUGGAGUCAAUGAAUGGACUGAAAGCUCUGUCUGUGGGGAGGGUGGUAAUAGUGAACAACGGCCAGCAUCACAACGCCCUGGCAGUCAUUCUACAGGUGUCCAACGAUGCAGUAAAUCGCACGUUCACCGCUCUCAUUAUCUGUGAGAAGGGUAACGAGGAGGCGGCGAGUGAUGAUCUGUCUAAUAAAGCCUUCCAUCCCAUCUACAGCACUACACUGUUUAUUCCAGAGGGACCCUGCAGUCACACGGUGCAGAAACUGAAGUUGCAGGACAUCUCUGCCAUCACAACCAAAACCCUCAAGGUCAUUCCAGAGAGAAUCAUCGACAACUAUAAUAAAAGACAGCAGCCACGCUUCAGACUUGAUCCACCAGGUCAGGCUAUUUCUACAGCAACUCAGGAGCUCCUGCGAUUGGCUGAGGCCAAUCCAAAUGGUAUUACGACCCUGGACCCUGUGAAUGACCUGCACCUGAAGGGUGUGGAUGUGGUGGAGGGAGUGAUGAGGCACCGAGUGUUACAGGACUGUCUGAAAGACUUCCACUGUAUCCACUCACCCACCUUCACUGAACAGUUUGCACGUGUGCAGGAGAGGAUGAGUGUACAGGAAGAGCUUGACAAGCUUCUGUUCCUGGUGUCUGAUCAGUCAUUGACACUGCUGCCUGAGUACCAUCAGAGAAUCAAGGUGCUGGAAGCGCUGCAGUAUGUGGACAGCACUGGGGCGGUUCAGCUGAAGGGUCGUGUGGCGUGUCAGAUCAGCAGUCAUGAGCUGCUACUCACUGAACUCCUGUUUGAGAACACACUGAGUCCUCUCGCCCCUGAGGAGAGCGCCGCCCUGCUGUCCUGCCUCAUCUUCACACAAAACACCCAGAUAGACCCGCACAUCACCAACACGCUACAGGAGGGCAUCAAUCAAGUACUCAGUGUGGCACAGCGUAUUGGUGAGCUGCAGAUGGAUUGUGGGAUAGCUCAGACUGCUGAAGACUUUGUGGCCCAGUUCAAGUUCGGCCUGACUGAGGUUGUGUACUGCUGGGCAAGAGGCAUGCCGUUUGCUGAGAUUGCCCAGCUGACGGAUGUGCAGGAGGGGACGAUCGUACGCUGUAUCCAGAGGCUGGACGAGGUCCUGAAGGAAGUGAGACAGGCUGCGCGCAUUGUGGGUGACUCUGUCCUGGGCAGCAAGAUGGAAAGAGCCUCGCUGGCCGUACGCAGAGACAUUGUGUUCACUGCCUCGCUCUACACUCACUGAGAGAGAGGGAGACAGAAUGUGUUUGCGUGUUGAUUGGGAUAUAAAAGAGAGCGUACAGAAUAUGGACCUGAGAGACUGUAGGCUACUUGAAUUACUGAGUGCAUGUUUACAAUACGUUGAGUAUGCAUGUGUGAGUGAAGGAGUAAUUCACACCUGACCAAAAUUGUGAUCUCAAUAUGAAAUGGAGGUUGACAUCAGUCAUGAACUGUAAUUAAAUGUACAGCAAUAAAAUGAGCUGUAUGUGGAACACUGGUUUCAUCCAAAUUGUCAGAAAAAGUAGAAACUAAUAUAGUGCUUUUGCUUUGUGAUCAUUUUAAUAAGGACUGCAGUGGUGUUUUCUUUUAUGCUUGUGUCAUUAUCAUUGCUAUUUUCACAUUUGCUGUCAUUUUUUAUAAUUUUUUUUAUUUUUAUUUUAAUUUUGUCAUGCAGGACUUUUCUUUAUAUAUUCUAUUUGCGCUACAUUUCUGCGUUCUUGCUCUCUCUUAACCCUCUGCCCCCACUAUUUUAUCCUUAAAUAUAGUUAAUACAUUUAAAAAAAUCAUAAAGUAGCUCUCAGAUCAACCAGGGCUAUAGCCACAUAAUUUAGGAUGAAACCUCCCAAUCCUGAAUAUUUGAUUUCUUUCCCGCAUUCCCCGAAUUUUAUAUCAACUUAUGUAUAAUUCUGCUUUCAAUAAAUGAACAUUUUAUAAUAGAGACAUUAUGAAUAUUUCACAAAUACAUCACCAUCGUGACUGUGGCAGUCAAUAUA